GUCCCCUCUGAGCUCAUGCACAAAUAGAGGACGCCUCAUAGAGGCGCUGAUCUGAGCCCGCAAUCCAAGUCUUCAGAAGUGAAGGCGGCGGAUCGUUUCCGUUUACAAUUACAUAACGUUGCAUUUGCGCGCGGGAGCCAGGCAGAUAUAUCUCCGGGACUGCACCUGCGUAAAGCAAUUUUUGAUCCAAUGAGAAAACCUUACUUUCCCGCCAAAGUGGGCAAGCCUGCAGCUGAAUUCUGACACAGACACUGCGGCUUGAUGCAGAAAUGCUUGAUCAACUUCCUCAAGUAACAGGCGCCUGGGAGAAAUGUGAAUGUUGACGCGCCUCUGGAGGGGUCACGCCGCCCGGAAUCCAGCGGUUCUGUCUGUUUGUGUGCGCGCCUGUGCGCGCUUGUUGUUUUUCAGCACCACAGACAGCUCCUGGCGCCCGGCUCAGCUGUAGCUGCUGAAACUUGAGGCAGCAGUCCUCGGCACCUUCAUUCGUUCACGCAGCUCCACUGUGGUCCACGGUCACACUUGAUAGAAGUCUGAAACAGACAGCACUGCUGGCGAGGAUAUGCUUUCGGUUUACGCAGCGCUCUCACUGCACGGCAGCGCUGGAAACAGGGGAUCCUUGCGCAGGCUGUAAUCUACAAAACCCUCAAAAGAAGAGGAGGACAAAGAGGAUGGCAGUAGUGUUGUAAAUGGCCUUUGUCAGAAUAAAAACACCUGUGCUUUGAGAUCUGCUUGUGCUGCUGCACCUUAGCCUUCUUGUCUUUGACUUUGAAACAUCUGAGAGCUGACCAGCACCAACCAGAAUCCAUCGGUAGGGCGGUGUACGUCUUUCGCCCAGGAUAUGUCACUGGGGGAAUCCCUUAUGUUUGGGGCGCGCCCUGUGCCCCGACCCCUCUGGCUGUCCCACAUCAGCCUAUUGUGCUUUUGUGUGUCUCUCUUUGCCAAGACCCCCCAGGGUUUGCCUGUGGUGGGCUAUAACACUGAAUCCAAGAAGGAGAUCACACUGGAGGGAGACUUGAUGAUAGGAGGCCUGUUUCCUGUGCACCAAAAAGGAGAAGGGGCAGAGGACUGCGGAAAGAUCAACGCACAAAGAGGGAUACAGAGACUGGAGGCCAUGCUGUUAGCGUUGGAUGAAAUUAACAAGAAUGAGCGCAUCCUUCCCGGGAUCAAACUGGGAGCCCAUAUCCUGGACACGUGCUCGAAGGACACCUAUGCUCUGGAGCAGUCUCUGGAGUUUGUCAGGGCCUCCCUCACUAAAGUAGAUGACAGCGAAUACACAUGUCCAGAUGGUUCCUAUGCCAUUCACGAUGACGUCCCUCUGGCCAUCUCCGGAGUCAUUGGAGGUUCCUACAGUGAUGUCUCCAUUCAGGUUGCAAACCUGCUGAGACUGUUCCAGAUCCCUCAGAUCAGCUAUGCUUCUACCAGUGCAAAGCUAAGUGACAAGACCCGUUAUGACUACUUUGCUCGGACCGUGCCUCCUGAUUUCUACCAAGCAAAGGCUAUGGCAGAGAUUCUGCGUUACUUUAACUGGACCUAUGUGUCGACAGUGGCAUCCGAGGGGGAUUAUGGUGAGACUGGCAUUGAUGCUUUCCAGCAGGAGGCUCGUGCUCGCCAGAUUUGCAUUGCCACUUCUGCCAAGGUGAGCCGCUCCAUGAGCCGCUGGAGCUACGAGAACGUGAUCCGCUCCCUGCAACAGAAGUCCAAUGCCAGGGUGGUCAUCCUCUUCACACGCAGUGAGGACGCACGUGAGCUACUGGUGGCGGCAAACCGCAUGAAUGUCACGUUCACCUGGGUGGCCAGUGAUGGCUGGGGAGCACAGGAGAGCGUGGUGAGGGGAAGUGAAGCGGUUGCUGAUGGAGCAUUCACCAUUGAACUGGCUUCCUAUGAAAUCCCCCAGUUUAAUGAAUACUUCACUGGUCUGCAUCCGUACAACAACAGCAGAAAUCCCUGGUUCCGAGAGUUUUGGGAAAACCAGUUCCAGUGCAGUCUCCAUGACCUGGGCUGUGGAAAAUUCUCGCUUCGUGACGUCCCAUUUCAACCAGAAUCCAAGAUCAUGUUUGUUGUGAAUGCGGUGUAUGCAAUGGCUGCUGCCCUACACAACAUGAGGCAAGCCUUGUGCCCAAACUCCACCAAAGUGUGUGACGCUCUCAAGCCAGGGAAUGGUCGAAAAUUCUACCGGGACUACAUUCUCAAAGUCAAGUUUGAAGCGCCCUUUCGCCCGCCUGACACAGAGAAUGUAGUGCGCUUUGAUGCCUUUGGAGAUAGCCUUGGCCGCUACAACAUUUUUCACUACCACAAAGAAAAUGGACGCUAUGUCUACCGUAAAGUGGGCUACUGGGCACAAGGCCUCAUCUUAAACACCAGCCUGAUUCCCUGGGCUGACCAGGCUGUGCCCAACUCCCAGUGCAGCGACCCCUGCAGGAAAAAUGAGGUGAAAAGUAUGCAGCCAGGAGAUGUAUGCUGCUGGAUCUGCAUACCCUGUCAGCCCUACCAAUACCUGUUGGAUGAGUUCACAUGUGCUGAUUGUAGUUUCGGACAGUGGCCUCUGGCCAAUCUCACCGGCUGCUAUGACCUGCCUGAGGAGUACAUUCGCUGGGAAGACGCAUGGGCCAUCGGCCCCGUCACCAUUUCCUGCCUAGGAAUGAUGAGUACACUUUUCGUGAUUGGCCUCUUCCUUAAACACAAUGAGACUCCUGUGGUGAAGGCCAGUGGGCGUGAACUCUCUUACAUUCUUUUGCUGGGAGUGCUUAUGUGUUACUGCAUGACCUUUAUCUACAUCGCCAAACCCUCCACAGCAGUAUGUACACUGCGCCGGCUUGGUUUAGGCACCUCCUUUGCUGUAUGUUACUCAGCUCUGCUAACCAAGACCAACAGGAUAGCCCGGAUCUUUGGUGGAGUGAAGGAUGGAGCCCAGAGGCCUAGAUUCAUCAGCCCAGCUUCCCAAGUUGCCAUAUGUGGUGCUCUAAUAUCCUGUCAGCUGGUAGUGGUGGUGGUCUGGCUGCUGCUGGAGGCCCCGGGUGUGAGGAAAGAAGUGAGCCCCGAGAGAAGAGACGUGGUCACCCUUAAAUGCAACAACAGGGAUUCCAGCAUGCUGCUGUCUCUCACAUACAACUGCAUUCUUAUUAUCCUCUGCACUGUCUACGCAUUCAAGACCCGAAAAUGUCCUGAAAACUUUAACGAGGCCAAGUUCAUCGGAUUUACCAUGUACACCACCUGCAUCAUCUGGCUGGCAUUUCAACCAAUUUUCUAUGUUACUGCCAGUGACUACCGGGUGCAAACCACAACUAUGUGCAUCUCCGUCAGCCUCAGUGGGUCGGUGGUUCUGGGCUGCCUCUUUGCUCCAAAGAUCCACAUCAUCCUGUUCCAGCCACAGAAGAAUGUCUGCACCCUCAGGGCGGCCACCACACGUUUCAGUGUCAACACCGCGGCGGCGUCCAGUUUUUCUCAAGCAUCAACCUCCAACGUUGUUCCAACAGUUUGCAACGGCCGAGAAGUGGUAGACUCAACAACAUCCUCGUUGUGAUCCAGUUUUAGACCUUUUGCUGAGAAUUGUAAACAGAGUAAUAUAAUCAAUAGUUCUGAUUCAGAUACUGACCAGGUCACACAGAUGAUCGUCUUGACUUUUCUGUCCUCAAAGUGCCGUGAGUACAAUGUUCCAAUAACUUAACUUUGUUCUUUGACUCGUAGCAAAUUGAAAUGAGAUGCCAAUAAAGUUGAACAUAACCUUGUUUUUUUGGAAAUUCUAUUUGCAAAGAUGAAGUAAAAUAUAGUCAAUAUGUUAAAUGUAAUAUAUUUAAAUGGUUUUUAUUGUACAUUUUGGUGAACCAGUUUGUGCUUUCAUGUAAUUAUUGUAAAUAAAAUGUGUUUUUUAUAAAUAUGAAAAAGAAAAAAA